AUGAUUAACCAAGACAGCAUAAUUGACCAAGAUAGCAAUGGUCUUCUAAUGGAUGUAAGUAACAUGGAUUUCUUAAACGAUUUAGAUAACAGACCUAGUAACUCAAAGAACGAAAAUAGCGAGGAUGGUCUUGAUCAAUCUUUGAUAUCAAACGGAAGUGAGGAAGAGCUCUAUCACAGGGAUUCUAUCACAGGUGAUCUAGUGAUGAAUUUGGCAAAAAAAGAUGAAUUACCACUCAGAAAAGGUGAUAGUGGUAAAUUAAAAUUAAAAUUGAGCAAUUUAGGCGGUUACAAUUUGGCCUAUGUUACGGGUAAAGAAAAUGAGAUGUUGUACCCGGUCAGCAUUCCAAACAUGGACAAUAAUAAACAAUAUUAUAAGUAUAUAACAAGCUUAUUCCAAAUAUAUCAAGAUUUAGGGGAACACAGAUCCUAUAAUAUUCCAACUAUUGGUGUUAUCAAUUCAAGUUAUCAGGAACAGCAUAUUGCUAGUGUGAACUUAGCUCUAGAAGCUACGUUUUCAGAACUAGAAUAUUUUCUGAACGAAAUUAAAGACGAAAAAGUGUCAAUUGAUAGAUAUAUGAACCUGGAAGAUUCUAUGAUAAUAUUACAAUGUCUAAAAACAAUUUAUUUCACGUUGGAUUCACCAGAUGAAGAACAAAAACGAGAAAACUUUAUUGUUGGAUUAAUUGAAUGGGUCAAUCGUUCUGAUGGGGAACCAAAUUCUCAGUAUAUUAAUCAUGUUUUCGACACUGACAAUUCAGAGAAACCAGUUUUCCAAACCAACUUAUUCUGGAGAUUAUUGAAUCAAUUGCUUCUUAGGGGGUUGUUCGAACAAGCUGUUGGUUGUAUUGAAAAAUCCAGAAUUCUAUCCAGCUUGAAGGAUAUAUGUCAAGUAUCUUAUAAUGCAUUAUCGGAUUUAAGUACCCUCCUAAAGCAUUACCCAAUGGAUUCCGAUGAAUCUUUUAGAGAAUGGAAAGCGAUGGUGUUGGAACUGAAUCAGACUUUUUCAAAUAGUGAAACAAAUGUAUCAGGUGAACUACGUGAUUCUAUUGAAGAUACACUGUUAUUAGUUGGUGGUGAUCGAUUUAAAAUCUUAAACUACUCCAAAACAUGGUACGAGUCAUUUUGUGGAUUCAUUCUAUAUUAUAUUCCAACUUUGGAACUGGCUGAUGAAUAUCUAAAACUUUCUGUUGAAAGGAAUGCAAUAGAUAUAACAAGUAACUGGGAAGAAUGUUGCGCAUCCAUCAUUAAAGGUAAUGUAUAUUCAAUUUUUCCCGUAUUAGAAUCAUUGGAUAACUGUACAGCCACAUUUGCUGCUGCUAUUUGUGAGGCAAAGGGUUUGCUUCGAAAUUUAUUUACGGGUGAAGAUGAAGAUAUCGAAUUACUGAGCCAGCACGAAGAAGAUCAUGUGUUUACCGACCUACUAUCUCAAAAGAAUGGUAUUGCAUACUAUAUGAUUAACAAUUUGGCCUUUGAAUUAUGUUCGUAUGAUAAUAAGGAUUUAUGGCCAAUCGCAAUAGGUUUGAUUACAUUCGUUCCUGUUAUUAAUUCUGGAGCUAAAAGAAUGACUAUUGGUGAGUUAUUGCAACAUUAUCCUUAUCAAACCAACGAUGAUAUUGAAUGGCUCUUGAGUGUGUGUGCCCAAUGGAAGUUACCAUAUGUCACAAAAUCCUUAUUUACAAAACUUGGUAAUUCAAUGAUGUAUGAAGGGAAAACUAUUGAAGCCAUUACUAACUUCAGUAGAGCCGGUAGAUUUGAUCUAGUUAAACAAUACUCAUGGACUCUAUUUGAGGCAUCUGUAGUGACUGGUAAACCAUUAGAAGAUGAAGUUUUAACGGCGAUCGUUCAAGGAAAUGAACAGUCUUUGGACGAAUCAGGAAUGAUGACAGAAGAUAUACUCAAUAGCUUAGUGACGAACGCAAUGAAACAGACGUUAUCUCCAUAUGCGGUUCUUUUUAGGUUUUACGAGGAAAUUGAGGAGCAAAAUUGGCCCGUAGCAUUAGAUUUAUUAGUUGAGUUGAUUACUUUCAAGUAUUUACCAGAUCAUUAUUUGGUACUGUUGGUAACAAAAUUCUUAUUCCCAAUUUUCUUAGAAGACGAUUCUAAAUUAAUUGGUGAGGCUAUGGUGAUUAGCAUAAUCGAAGCGAUUGAAUUGAAAUGGAAUUCUGAGAAUAAAAAAUCACAGAAUGUCUAUAAUGCAGUCCUUGAGGCUGAUGAGACACUUGAGAAGACUCUUGGUGAUAGUUUAGAUGAUGCCCUAAAAACUAUCAGAACCAAACUCAAUUAUAAACUAUGUCAAGAAUUUAUGUAA